CGGAGAGAAAGGGGGAUGGGUUGAGUGGGGAGUCCAGAAUCUUCUCCGGCGCUCUGUUUCUUGGGGAGAGCGGCGAUGGCGGUGCAAGCCGUCGGGUUCUCCGAUUUCGGGAGUCGGGCGGUGGAUGAGCUCCAGAUGUCGCAACAAGACCCUGGAAAUCUUCUGUGGCUCGGGGUAAAUCUAGGCGUCGGAAAGCAGCAGCAAUCGGCACAAGAAAUCUCGACCGACCCAAGGAUGGUCGGUGAAUGGCAGAGCGAUCUAGCCUGCAAUGGCUCGGUUUACGGAGAUUUAGGACCGGUGAAAUCUCUCGUUUUGCCUGGCCGUAAUCAUCCAGCAACUUCGCCGGUUUUGCCUUUGCCCGGCGCUGCUACCGACUCGGUGAAGGUUACUGGAGCGGUCCCUGGGAUUCUUCCCCAGAGUCGAUUGCCGGAGACCGGCACACCUUCAACCAGUGGGCGCCCGGCUUCAACUUUGCCACCCGUCUCGUCUUCUACACGCGAUCUCAUCUCUGUUCUCUAUCAACAGAGUCAGGAAAUUGGUGCUUUUGUUCGUCUUCAGAACGAGAGGAUGCAGGGUGGAUUGCUCGAGAUGUUUAAUAGACAUUCACGAUCUGUUCUCUCGGUGUUACGGCAGCAAGCAACAAUGCGAUUGAUGGAGAAGGAAGCCGACUUGCAGAGGGCAAUCCGCCGCAAUGCAGAGUUGGAGGAGAAGGUGCGACAAAUGAGCAAUGAGAACCAGUUCUGGUUCAACAUGGCCAAGAACAACGAAGCCAUCGCGAGGAGCCUCCAAUUGAACCUGGAACAAGCGCUGCACCAGGGCGACCUUAGCGAUCACAAGGUCACGCUCCAGGCCGACGACGCACAUUCCUGCUGCUACGAAGAGGGCAGUUCGGCCGCUGUACCGGCCGCCGAUGCCGGGAGGACGAAAUUGUGCAAGACGUGUGGCGUGAGGGGCAUCUCCAUCCUCUUGCUGCCGUGCCGCCAUCUGUGCCUCUGCCAGCACUGCGCAUCCCACGCCGUCGCGUGUCCGGUGUGCGGCGUCACCUUGAGCAACUUCCUCGAAGUCUUCCUGUGCAGAUGAACCGCCGCGCGCGUGUCUGCGGUUGCUGCCGCAGUGCCAUUGCGGGUUUCUUUGUUUGUUUGGGCAGUUUCUUCCCGCGCCUGUUCUCGCAUGUUAUUUGUUCAUAGCUUUUGCUUCCUAGUUUCCUUGCCUUUCCACACCAUCGGCUCUUUGGAGAAAGUAUCGUGAAUUUUGUAAUGUUUUCUAAUCAUUUCGCUGAAAUAUCAACUUCCCUACCGAGGAAGGAGCCCCCAGAACGAUCCCAUUUUUCUGUGACUAUCAUUAUUUGUGUAUUAUUAUUUUAUCAAAUGGAUUGAGAAACUUAA